CAUAGUAAAUAAAUUACUUAUCUACAGUAUAAAUGCAACUGUCUUGCGUGACCGAAAAAAUCCUUAUCCUAAAUUUUUACACCAUCUGAUACAGACUUCAGAGGGGCUCAGAGCAUCAUAAUGUAUCAAAAUCAGGCCAAAGAAAAGCUAGAUGAACUGUUCUUGAAGGAGUCUGUUUCAGAUGACUCAGGGGAUUUACAUGACAAGCUGUCAGCUUCAAAAAGUAGUCAUCAAUCCCAGAAAGGUGUAACCUCGAGUGAGGGAUUGGACACUUUGAUGGAAGAAGAGGAAAAGGCCAUGUUCUUUGGAGAACUUGAAGCACGUGCUUCAUCUAAUAUAGAUUAUUGUCAGUUGAACAAAGAGAUCGACAUUACAAGUUAUACGACUGGUAUUCACCGCAGGAUCUCUGAGGAGGAACCUGAUCUGAAUGAUAAUGACCAAAACAAGAUUGGAGGUUCUCCGUGUUUGACACAGUGCAAUAAGGAUUUUGAAGAUGAGGAUGUUGCAAUCGAGAAGUUUAUAAUGUCACCAGUUAUCACAAAAGAUAAUUCAUAUAAAGAUUCUCAAGGACAAAUGGAAGGCAGAAUGAAAGAAGUACCAGAGGUACCAGGAUCUCAGGACAUAGACCUGUUGUAUGUACAGAGUGCAGGGUCAGAAAUGGACGCUCUUCACAAUGCCUACCGCGAGAUUAAUACUGGAGAGGAUUCCGAUGACCUUAAACUGCAUCGUCUGUCCCUGGAAUGGAACGAUAGCAACAAUAACGCAAUUGCUUUGUCCUCCAAACGUCACCAAGCCGCAAAGUCACCUGAAUGUGCCUCUACCAAUGAGUCUGAAUUACCCACUGCUGAAGAAUUGAUGCGACCCAUCCGACCAGUCAGUGAACAUGACAAGGAGGAGCUUUUCUGUCCAUUAGACAGAACUUUUCCAGUUUUGACCAAAAAUGAAGAACACCAUGAACAACCAGAGAAGGUAGAGUCCAUCAAGUUGAAAGGACUGAAGAGAUCGGAAAGCAGCUCUCCAUCCAUCCACCCAGAACAUUCUCACUUAGGUUUGACACGACGCAUCAGAGAAGAAGUCGAGAGACUGAUGCAGGAACAGAACAUUUGCGCUCCUUCCACGGCUUCUCAGCUUGGCAAAGAAAAGAAAGAACCUCACCCCCGUCGCUGUACCAGUAAUCCUCCUUCAACAUCUUCAACAAGGAAGCCUUUUGUGGCAACGCCAACAGUCCAGAAAGUUGAGGCUAAAAGACUAACAAGAGUGAAUAAAACUGCUGCUGCAACCAAAUCUUCUGUUUCCCAAGCAAUAAAGCCCAGCUUCAAAACUGCGAAAAACAAAGAAAAAGAUGGCAACGACACAGACCCAGGUCUGAAAAUGAGCAGUAAUCUUGUGGUCUCUGUACAGUCAUUAGUGAAUGUCCUUCAAAAGCAGAUGGCCGCAAGCAGUUGCCAGGAAGUAACAGAUAAGGGCACUUCUCUGCUGGAGGAGCUAAGAGGUCAGCUCACCCAGAAGGAUAAGGAACUGCAACUAAUGAAGCAACAAAAAGAGGAGCUCCAACAGCACAACUAUGUUCUUCAGAGCAAGUUGCAUAGUGCAGAAGAAGCCAGUAAAAAGUUGAGACUGACAGAGAAGGCGGAUCCUACGACUGAGAAAACUCUCCAACAGAUUGAGAAAGAAAUAAGGGAUCAGGAGAUGAUCAUUCAAGGUUACCAACAGGAGAAUGAGAAGCUGUACUUGCAGUUGAAAGCUCAGCGUUCCAAGAGUGCAGCCGAUGAGCAAGCCAUGUUUCAUGAAAACCAAAGACUUGAAAGCGAGCUGCUUUUCACAAGAGAGCAGCUCAGUAAAUCAUCAUGCUCAUUAGAUCAUCGUAUUAAAGACUUAUUAGCUGACCUUAAUACAUCUCAGAUGAAUGAGGCCAAACUGUCAGAGGACAUUCACAGACUGAGACAGGAGAACCAGGCCCUGCAUCUGGACAUGGAACUAAUCAGGAAGGAGAGAGAUAUGGCUAAAGCGCAGACUGUCUCCACCUCUGUCACUGUACCAGAGGAUACAUACAGAGAAGAAGUCGCUGCACUAAAGAAGCAGAUCCAGUGGUUUACAGACAACCAGGAAGUUUUGUCUAGAAGAGAUGCAGCGCGACUGAAGGCUGCUACAGCAGAGAUUGAUCGACUGAAAGAGCAGGUAGAGAACAUGAAAACCCAGGUGGGUAAAAGAAAUAGCGUUCUACACUCAAAAGAGAAAAGGGUGGACUUGAAAAGGAUGAAGGAGUUGGAGCUGCAGGUAAAGCAGCUGGAGCAGACACUAAGAUCCAGGAACCCAAACUCGUUGUCAGCUCUCAUUGCGGCUGCAGCCACUACGGAUACGAAAGGGGAUGUAGCCACCGGAAUUAAGUUGGCCUCUAACGACAUCAACACCCUGCUUGAGCGUAGGAUACAACAUGUUGAGGCAGAAAUGGAGAGACAUGAUGAAGAGGCCAAACACAACCUACAGUCUAUGGAGAAACAGUUCCAGAACACCAAACUGCGGUACGAACAUCAGAUCUCUGAGUUGGAGCAGCAGCUGAAGUACAAACAGGAGGGGGCUGCAAUUUCAGCGUCGGGUACUGAAUCAUGGAUGUCACAGGUUGAAAGAAUGAAGGUUGAGCUACAGCAGGUACAAGAAGCCUACGAGCAGAAGGAAACCAUUCUUCAGGAUCAGAUCGAAACUCUCAAGAAACAAGUCAAACGCAAGGCCCUGCACAGCCCAACCCGACACCAGCGACAAGCUGAGGAAGCACACGGUGCCCGCAUAGCCCGGCUCAACCAAGAGUUGUCUCUUAAAACACAAACAGUUCAGGAGUUGACCCGCACUGUGGAGAGACUGCAGAAAGAGAGGAGGAACAUGCUCUCCGGCCCUAACUUACAACAAGAUUCUCAAAACAAAGAGCCCAAACGACAACUAAACACGGUCAAAUCAGCCUUAUCCACACAAGAAGAAAUGUUCCCCGCUGCUCAGUGUGAGAAAACCUACCAGCCCACAGUCUUCACAGGGAGUCACAUCACAGAGGUGCUGAAGGAGAAUGACGCUCUUCGGGAGCGUCUAAAGCAGCUUGAGCUGCACAAUGAGCAGCAAAAGGAGGCACUGACAUGUGAUGUGGUUCAAGCUAAGGAGGAGCUGUGCAGGCAAAGGGAUCACUUUUUGGAUCAGAUUUCUUCUCUGAAGGCAGAAAAGUUCAAGGCAUUGGAGCACAUGCGUGCCACUCACGCCAUGGAGCACUCUUCUUCAAAGGUUGCCCAACUCAGCAAUGAACUGAAUGCUCGGGAGAUCAUGGUGAAGCUUUUGCAAGAUCAGCUGAAAGAGCUGCAUGGGGCCAAAGAAGCACUUGCCCUAUCCAAAACUCGAGAGGCGGCUUUGGAGGCUCAGUUAAGCACGCUGUUAAAGGAACUGAAGGACGCCAAAGAAGCACAGAGUCCAGAAGUGAAACUCCUUUGUAGCCUGAAGGCAAAGCUCCUCACCAUGGAGCUGAGACAACAAGACAGAGAGAAAGAGUUGAACAAGAUCAUUGGAGGUUCGUGGCCCGAGGGUGAUCAGCAGUCACAAGUCAAUCAUUGGAGGUGCCUAGCAGUGGAUAAGGUCAGAGAGCUGGAAGCUUUCCGCUUGGAGUUGGACUCCAUUUUGGAUAUCGUAAGGCAUAUGCAAAGACAGGGUAUGAACCUCCCUACUCCCGAUUCAUGAGCCCCAACAGAGGUCAUACAGGAGCUUGACAACACUAAGUCAAUUUAAAGAAUUCUUAUUUUAUAGCGUAAGUACUGUU